CCUAUACCAUCACCACCAACUCCAUCUACUUCGGUGACCAUGGGCAAAGACGGCAAGAAGAAGAAGUCAAAUGGCGGGAAAGUGGCUGUGCAGGAGGGUAGUACUGCUUCUCUUCCUGUCGCACUCAAGCCCGAGUUCGACCCAGAGCUCGAUGCUCUCUUCUCCAAGGCCGUCCAGCCAGCUGCUUCCACAUCACAAGCUGUUGCAGCGUCGUCCCAGGCCAAGAAGGCAAAGACAAAAGCUGCAGAGGUCAAGCAGGAAGCUGUCGGUGAUGAGAGCAGCUCAGACGACGACGACGACGACGACGACGACGACGACGACGAUGAUGAUGCCUCCUUGGCCAUGUCAGACAUUGAGCGCGAGAUGGAGGAGCAGGGAUUGGGUCUUCGUGAGGGCGAAGAUGCAGAUGACAUUGACGACGCCGGCAGCGAUGACGACGAUGACGAUGACGAGGAGGCAGGCGGUCAUGACGACGUGGAAAGCUCCAGUGAGCUGGACAGCGAUGCUUCUCCACCCCUCCAUGAGACCCUCGCGGGCGCUGCCGGCCAAGCAAGGGUCCGUCGUAAGCUGGAAGAGCGAGCGGCCGAGACUCCCCUCAUAAGGGACCAGCGCACGAUUUUCAUCGGUAAUCUCCCCAUCGACAUCGUUCUGCACUCAUCCGAACGCCAUCUUACCAACCAGCUCAAGAGGCACGUCAUCUCUCACUCCCCCUAUCCGUCCAUCACCCGCAUUGAAGCCAUCCGCUUCCGCUCAGUCGCCUUCUCCCGCCCAACAAUGGACUACGCCGCCGAAUCAGGAGCAGACGCAGCCGCCAAUGAGAAGCGUCGCAACCGCAGCAGAGCCUUUGCGGAUGCAGUGGCGAGGAAGCAAGCAGCGGAGGAGGGAAAGGGGCCGGCGAAUGUGUGGCUGAACGCGAAGCAGAAGAGGAAGGUGGCCUACAUCAAUCAGGAGAUCAACGAGAAGGCCAAGAGCGUCAAUGCCUACGUGACGCUGUCGUCAGUAAGCGAGAAGGAUAGGACAGCGUUGGCCAGUCUGCCCAAUGGGUCAAGCGAAGUCAAAGCGAGCAAGGUCACACCGCCCGUACUGGCCGCCCUGCUGGCAUCACAGCUGGACGAGACGCUCUUUGAGGGACGUCACCUGCGUGUCGACCUCGUUCAACCACUGCCGCUGGCAGAUCUCGUACAAUCAGGAUUGGAGGGCGUGCUCGCCUCCUCGUCUUCCUGGACUACCACUGAGAUGCAGUCCCUUGCUCGCAUCCUGGCGGGUGGGAAUAAUAGACGAGACGACCAGGCGAAGACGCUCUUUGUUGGCAAUCUCGACUUCGAGGCAGACGAGGAAGAGCUACGCGCCGCACUUGAAGAGGUCCUGCGACAGGAGCGCGGGGAGCCCCCGUUGGCUGCUUCAUUGCUGCAAGGCGCUGGCCAUGAGGAGCGCAGUAAGGCUCUUGCCUCUCUCCCGCCGUUUGAACAAGCCGCAGCAGAUGGCGACGCUGACGCAAGCUCAUCAAGAUCUUUCGCUCGCAAGACAUGGGUACAAUCCGUUCGCCUGAUCCGUGAUGCAGCCACGCAAAUGGGUAAAGGCUUCGGAUACGUGCGCUUUCUGGACGAGGCCUGCGUUGAUGAGCUGAUGGCUGUCUACGAGGCGGACGAGGCCUUUCUUUCUGCUGCUCGCCCCGGCGGAAGUGGUGGUAUCAACGACGGCAGGACGGAGAGUGGUGGCAGGGUGGACUUCAAAAGGAGGCUGAAGCUCAACAAGAGAGGGCUGAGGUUGUCGAGAUGUAAGGGCAAUGCCGGGGGACAGGGACAAAAGGGCAAGAGGAAGGAGAGGACUGCUGAUAGUGACAAUGAUGAGGGGGAGAAUGCAUCGCGGACCACCGCAACCCCACAGCGCAAAGACACGAAGCGACGUCGCUCAAUGGGCGCUCCUACCCCUGGAGGCAGCUCACCGUCAACACAGCGCCGCAUUGCCAAGGCCAGUGCAGCCGGGGACGUCAAUGGCACACCAUCGAAGAAAGCCAAGACCACUACCGCUCCCGGCACCUCCGCCAGUGGCAUUAUCGCCAACCCUUCACCCGCGCAACCCCGCACGGCAGCUGAUCUUGCUCGCCUGGAGCUGAAGCGCAACGAUCCCGCCAGGCAGGCCAAGAGGCUUGCGAAGAAGCAAAAGAAGAGGGACGAGAUUAAGGGCAAGGCGAGUGGUGCGGCUGCUGCCGUGGAUUUGAAGAAGGUGGCGGGGAAGAUGAAGAAGAAGGAGAGGAGCAAGGGGGGAAAGUAAGCCGAGUAAUAGGGGGUGCGUGUCGUCGAAUGUCAUUGCUACUGUACAAUUGAGCAAGCCGCCUCCGCGUUCCAACCCACUUCUUCAAGGAAAGCUCGCCAUCGCUCUCGCUACUUGCCGUAAAUGCCCUUCAGCACAUUGGCGCUCAUCGGUCUCUCCCGUUCCCUCGCCUCCCUCGCCGCCCUAGCCGCAAUCGAGGCUGCUGCCGCCUUUGUGGCUGAUGACGCAGAAGGCGGUGAAACGGAGCGUCGGGACUGGCUCGCUUCCUCAUCGACCUCUUUGCGCUUUCUCUUUGCUCGUGCAGCUUCGUCAACCAUCGUCGCUGAGGGAGGCGAAGGACGCUUCUCGCCUUUGGCCUCGCGGUCCUCCGCGCCCGUUGCCGCCUCAUCACCGUUCUUCCUCUUGCCAUUCUUCUUCUCCUUUUUGCCCGUCGCGGUAGAUGCUUG